CAAUUUGUUAUGCCUGAGCAACAGACUGUGUGUGGUUCUCGCAGUUGCAGCGUUUUCUUCUUCUUCACCCACUCACUUUCUCUGCUCCUCCCGUUGGUUCGGCUAUCCGUAACCCAAGUUGACCAUCUUCAUUCCACUCUGGAAUGAGUUUUGUCGUUUGUAAUAUUCGGUAAUGGAAGUGGUGUACAAACACUGUUCAGCGUUUUCUGAGUCUGCAUUGUUGGGCUGUUGUUGAGUUUGGACUUGGCUGAAUGAGCUCCCAUGCAUUUACUUGCAGAGCUUGCGGCUACACAGCCUGCCUUCCAAAACAGUUUGGGGAUUCUCAUUUCUCAAACCCCUGUUCAUGGUAAAGUUUUAUCAAGUCCAUUCAUUACUGGAAAUGAGAAGAGGUUAUCCUCUGCUUGGAAAUUCUUGGGUGCAACUAAAAAUCGGAAUUUUAACCUGGGGCUGCCCCGUGAGAUGCCUAGUGGCACUGGUAGACUCCUGAUUAAGGCAGUUGCCACUCUUGAACCCAAGUGUACUUACAAUAAUGAUGAUAAGGGUCGUACACGACUGAGUGUAGAUAAAAGUUCUCCUACAAUUCAGACUCGAUCUUCCGGUGAAGAUUCAGAAGAUUUGGAUGAGAAAGAGAAGCUAAGGCGAAUGCGAAUUUCUAAAGCUAAUAAGGGAAACACGCCAUGGAACAAAGGCAGAAAGCAUAGUCCUGAAACCCUCCAGCGGAUAAGAGAGAGAACAAGAAUUGCAAUGCAGGAUCCUAAGGUCAAAAUGAAGUUGAUUAACCUUGGACAUGCUCAAAGUGAAGAGACCAGGGUCAAGAUUGGGGUUGGAGUCCGAAUGGGUUGGGAAAGGCGACGCAAGAAGCUAUUUUUGCAGGAAAUGUGCCACUUUGAAUGGCAGAACUUGAUUGCAGAAGCUUCUAGGCAAGGGUAUGAUGGUGAAGAGGAGCUGCAAUGGAAUUCCUAUGAGAUCAUGAAUGAACAGCUUAAGAAGGAAUGGUUGAAGCAGGUUGAGAAACGAAAAUCAAUGCCUAGGCCGAAAGGAAGCAAGAGAGCACCCAAGUCCCCUGAGCAGAGAAAGAAAAUUUCAGAAGCAAUCUAUCGCAAAUGGGCAGAUCCUGUGUACCGUGACCGGGUUGUUUCUGCCUUGGCUCAAUAUCAUGGUAUAGCACCUGGAACAGAAAGAAAGCCAAGAAGAAAGCCAAGCGAUGGUUCACAGACCCGCAGACGAAGCCCAAUGAAGAAUAGAGCAUUUGAAGAGAACAAGUCUUCCUGGAGUGAGAUGAAGAUCCAAUCUCCUCGACCAAAGUCAAGGAAACGUAAUGCUCCCUUGUAUAAAGAUCCUUUAGCAAGUUCAAAACUGAAAAUGAUUAAAAACAUCAGAGCACAGAGAGCCACUGCAGGAACCAAGAAAACUGAAGCUAUUGAACGUGCUAGAUUAUUGAUUGCUGAAGCUGAAAAAGCUGCCAAGGCCCUUGAGGUUGCAGCUACAAAGAGCCCUAUUGCUCAAGCAUCUCUCUUGGAAACUAGGAAGCUCAUAGCUGAAGCAAUUCGAUCACUCGAAUCUGUUGAAGCAGACCAAAAUUCAUCCCAGGUGAAUUGUGAAACCCCAUCCAUUGUACCUGAUGAACUAGGCAGUCAGAUUGAGAAGGGAACAGAGGCUGGAGGCGAUGUUCCAGUAAAAGCAGAUGGAAUAAAAGUGAAAAAAGCAGAUGGAAUAAAAGUGAAUGGAACUCGAUCCUUAGCAUCAAGUAAAGAAGAAGACUUAAGUUUUGGCAAUUUGAAUAUGCAUGAUAUACUGAAUGGUGAAGAGGGAAAUCUUCAACUAAACUCCAGUGGCUAUGGUUUAUCUCCAUUUAGUUAUGAGACCUUAAUGAAGCAAUCGGAUUUAAUAAAUGAAAGUGGCCAGUCGGAACCAAGCAGAGACGGGGAACAGAAAGAGAAACCUCUAAUAAACGGAGCAAAAACCAAAACUCAUAAAGAGGAAAUGCCUGUGUCUGAAACUCAGGAAGAGCAAGCGCCGGCGGCCAAUUCAGUUACCGUUACUAAAAGAUGGAUACGUGGGAGGCUGGUUGAAGUAGCAGAAGGCGCAGCUUAGUAGAAGAUUAGUUUUAAGUGAAAAUCAUAGGAUCCAAUGCAAAUUUCAUUUAAGAUUUUUGAAAUUACUAUACAUGUCUUGACCACAUAUGUGAACUCUAUUAACGAGCACUGAUGCCUUACUUAUUGUACAAGGUUGGCUCAUGUAGAGCUUGAAUUUGUGUCGAUUUAUAUCAGUAUUUGAGGUUUUUGUAAGUACUUGCAGUACCAUAAGUAGAGAGUUCCUUUCUGUUU